AUGCCAAAAGAUUUGUGCGAUCAGCUCGGUGUUGAAAAAUCGCCUAUAAACCUGGAUUUUCAAGGAAUAUCAUCUACAAGCACACAUUCCAGUUUAGGCGCUAUCGUAACAAUUGCCUCCAGGUGCUCAAAUUACCAGUUUAGCCUUCCGUGUGCCAUAUUGGAUCAAAUCUCUGCCGACCUGCCAUUGCGUCCUGUGAAUAUCGAAGAUUGGCCAAUUCCACAUUCCGUAUAUUUGACUGAUCCGCAAUUUCAUAAUCCUGGAAGAAUCAGCAUUCUUUUGGGCCUUCAACCGUUUUUAGAGCUAUUGGAACCUGGACAAAUUGCUCUCGAUCCAGCAGGUCGUCUGCCUAUUCUUCAAAAUACGAAGCUAGGAUGGGUGGUAUCAGGUCGUUAUGAAACACCACCGCAAACGGCCCCUAUCAGUUCUACUUGUUUAAUCACCUUCGUUGAUGAUACACUUUCUCAACAAUUGCAAAGAUUUUUUGAGAUGGAAGAAUACACACAUCCAGGUCCCCACUUCAGUGAAGAAGAAAGGAUGUGUGAGGCACAUUUCGAACAGUACACCGUUCGCGACAACAAUGGUCGAUUCCAAGUUCGUCUCCCCUUCCGAGAAGAUCCAAAAUCACUAGGAAAAUCUCGUGAAAUCGCAACUAAACGGCUUGAGCAAAUUGAGCGAAAGUUGGCCAAAAAUCAUCUGCUUAAGGGACAAUAUCACUCCAUUCUGCGUGAGUAUCUCGAGGCAGGCCAUAUGUCUCUCGCACCGGUUGGAUCAGUAUACCUCCCACACUAUUGCGUCUCGAAGGAGUCCAGCACUACAACCAAAUGCCGUGUCGUUUUCGAUGCUUCGGCCAAAACGACUAGUUCAAAAUCACUUAAUGUCGUGUUAAUGAGUGGUCCUGUCCUACAAGAUUCCCUCAUCGACAUUCUGCUACGGUUUCGUUCCCCAGUUAUUGCACUUACUGGUGAUAUACAGCAGAUGUACCGUAUGGUGCAAGUUGCAACGGAGGAUCGUGACUAUCAACGAAUUUUAUGGCGAUGGAAACCUGAAGAUGACAUCGAUGAGUACACUCUAAACACCGUCACCUACGGAACAAAACCGGCGUCAUAUCUCGCGACAAAAUGCGUUCAACAGUUGCUUAAUCUCUUUGCUGUGAAGAACCCGGAUGCGGUCCAGAAGGCAUUGAAGGGGACAUAUGUUGAUGACGUUUUGAUCGGUGCAGAUUCUCCUGAAGAAGCUCAACAUUUACGACAACAGCUUUCGGAAAUAUUUGCAUCUGGAGGUUUCCCCCUGCGUAAAUAG